AUGUUCCCUAAAACCACCCUCCUCACUCUCUCCUUCCUCGCCGCUGCUCUUGGGCAACAAGUCGGCACCUACCAGACCGAGACGCACCCCGCCCUUCCGUGGCAGAAGUGCACUACGUCUGGCUGCGCGACGCAGUCGCAGGGCAAGAUCGUGCUCGACUCCAACUGGCGCUGGCUCCACUCCACCACGGACUACACCAACUGCUACACCGGCAACACGUGGAACACGACCGUGUGCACCGACGGCACGACCUGCGCGGCCAACUGCGCUGUCGACGGGGCUGACUACUCGGGCACCUACGGCAUCACGACGAGCGGGAACGCGCUGACGCUCAAAUUCGUGACGACGAACAAUAACGGGAAGAACAUUGGUUCGAGGGUGUACAUGAUGGCGAGCGACACGCAGUACGAGAUGUUUAAGCUGCUCAACCAGGAGUUCACCUUCGACGUCGACCUUUCGAAUUUGCCGUGCGGGUUGAACGGGGCGUUGUACUUCUCCCAGAUGGACGCGGAUGGUGGGUUGUCUAAGUACCCCACGAACAAGGCUGGCGCCAAGUAUGGCACCGGAUACUGCGAUUCGCAGUGCCCAAGGGAUAUCAAGUUCAUUAACGGCGAGGCUAACUCCGUCGGCUGGGACCCCUCCUCCAACGACGACAACGCCGGAUCUGGGCAAUACGGCACCUGCUGCAACGAAAUGGACAUCUGGGAGGCCAACUCUGUCUCCGCCGCCUACACCCCACACCCCUGCACUGUCGGCGGGCAGUCGCGCUGCACGGGCGACGCCUGCGGGACCUCCGACCGCUAUGCAAGCGUGUGUGACCCCGACGGGUGUGACUUCAACUCGUACCGUAUGGGCGAUACCACAUUCUACGGGAAGGGCCUCACUGUCGACACCUCGAAGAAGUUCACCGUCGUCACCCAGUUCAUAACCGACAGCGGCACUGCAGCCGGCACCCUCAAGGAGAUCAGGAGAUUGUACGUGCAGGAUGGGAAGGUCAUUCAGAACUCCAAGACGAACAUCCCUGGAAUCAGUACACCGUACGACAGCAUCACGGAGCAGUUCUGCGACGAUCAGAAGGCAGCGUUUGGCGACACCACUUCCUUCCAAAACAAAGGCGCUUUGGCGGGCAUCGGAAAGGGUAUGCAGGAGGGUAUGGUGCUCGUACUCAGCGUGUGGGACGACCAUGCCGUGAACAUGCUCUGGCUCGACUCGACGUACCCGACCGACUCUACCAAGCCCGGUGCUGCACGCGGUACCUGCCCGACGACCUCCGGAGCACCCAAGGACGUUGAAGCUAACAGCCCAAACGCCAGCGUCACAUUCUCCAACAUCAAGUUCGGUGACAUCGGCUCGACUUACACGAAUACCGGAUCGACGCCAGGAAACGCCAGCAACCCUGGCUCACCGACUACGACAGCACCUGCGGCGACUCAGACAAAGUACGGUCAAUGUGGUGGGCAAGGAUAUACUGGACCUACAGCUUGUGUCUCGGGAUCAACUUGCCAAACUCUCAACCCCUACUACAGCCAGUGUCUCUGA